CAUCGCGUGAUUGCGUAUUUCCGGUUAGCCAGAGGCUAACCAGCUACCAGCGAGAACAACAGACAUAAUAGAAACAGCGAUAAUUAUGCUUUUCUCUGGCUGUUCUUAUUUCUGCAGUAGCGCAGUUCAAAGCGGAUGUGUUCUCCUGAUAAUCUGAGUAUGAUAGAAGUACAGCCGAGCGUUAAUUUAGUGUUUAUUGUCGGCCGCAGUGAUGCGGGGCAGCCUGCAGAUCAAUAGCUAGCCUAGCUGCUAUAGCUAGCAUUAGCCGCAGUGCUGAAAGCCUGCAGACAUGAAGUUACUGAAUUACAGUAACUACUGAGACCCAUAACCAGCUCUUUAUCAGCGAGCAGCACCUGUUUACGCUUCUGUUGUUUUACAUUUCUCACGAUAACUGUGAUUUAUUAAUGUAUUUGAAUAACCUGCACGGUGUUAGCUUGUUGGUUAGCUAGCUGGCUAAUAGAUUUCCAUUCACUGAGACCAAAACAAGCUAGACUGACUCCCUCAGAACUGCAGCCACAGCAGGAACUAACGUGGGUUCAAGAUGGACAAGAAAUCUUUUGAUAUCGUCCUGGACGAAAUAAAAAAGUGUGUGUUGACAGACCAGCGCAUCAAAGCAAUAGAGCAGGUGCACGGCUAUUUCUCCAGUGAACAGGUGAUUGACAUUCUGAAAUACUUCUCCUGGGCAGAGCCACAGAUAAAAGCAGUCAAAGCGUUUCAACAUAAAAUGGUGGCUAUUCCUACAACCAAGGUUGCAAACAUUUUGAACACUUUCACGUUCUCAAAGGACAAGCUCAUUGUGCUGGAGCUGAUUGCACUCAAUAUAUCUGAUGCCCAUAAUUAUCGCCCGGUGGAGGAUCAGUUCCGUGUUCACCUGUCAGAGAAGAAACGAGCACGCCGGAUACUCGAACAGGUGUGUAAAGUGGGAUGUAAGGCCCCAGUGGCGAUGAUUUCCUCUUGUGGGAUGAUCCCUGGUAACCCUUACCCAAAAGGCAAACCCAGCCAGCUCACUGGAACCUUCCCUGGCUUACCUCCAAGAAAAGAGGGAGAGGAGAUUAGUGCGGAGGGGAAGGGGAUUGCUAAUCGAAUUAUUGGACCCAGCAAACCAUCUCCCUCAAGCUACAAUCCACACAGGCCUGUCCCCUACCCGAUCCCACCCUGCAGACCACAUGCCACCAUUGCACCAAGUGCAUACAACAAUGCUGGCCUGGUCUCAGUGGGAGGGGUCAUUACUGCCAGCGUGCCACCCCCUCCCUACAGUGCCGCUUCGAGAUCAGCAGCUUACACUCGACCUGCCAUUCAGCAGAACCCCCCUUCCAGUGGCUCGGCCGCAUCCACAAUCUCGCCUUCCAGUUCAGCUCCUCCUACGCCUUCUACCUCACAGGCUCAGCCAACCACUCCAAUAACCCCCGUCUUCCCUGGCAUGGUCCCAUCUCAGGGCUCUGUUACACACUCUCCUGGCCCCAACUCUUCUUCCUCUGUCAUCAAGAGCCCUCCUAUGCCUAUUGGCUCUCCUCAGGUUGCCCCUAGCCCCAGUGGCCACAGCACCCCUGGACCUGCUAUGACCCCUUCUGGCAGGAACACCCCAUCAGUUAUCAAAGCUCACACGCCCUCUGGCACUCCUGGUAGACCUGGCACGGCACAAUCUUUCCAUGGGUCAUCCCGCUCUGGAACUCCCCUGGGUCCUAAUCCAAGAGGUACGCCGGACCCUCUGUCUUCUCAGGUUAUGGGACUGUCUGCUAUGAAAGGAUUCCCACCCUCUGCUGAGGCCCAAUUAGAUCACAUGCAGUCCAAAUCCUCUGGAUCAGUCAUACGAAGCUACACGCCUUCAGGGCUGCCUCAUGGACGCUCCACUCCUGGCAUGCAAGGUCUGGGGGCUUUGCCUUCAGGCACCCCCACAGCGACUUGCGCCCCUAGCCCCAAGCCAUCACCAAGCCACUUACAAGCUGGUUUAGCAAAUCCUGCACUGUAUAGUGAUCAGCCAAUGAGCUCCAUAGGUCAUCACAGCGGAGGUAGUGGCAGUAACAGCCCUGUCCCAUCUGCCUUCAAAGGGCCGUCAUCUCGCUCCGGGACUCCCUCGCUUAGUUCCCUUGUAAUGCCUAACUCCGCUGCCCUGGCACGCUCUUUGGGCCUGAGUCACAGUAGUGCGUCUCCUCAACCCUCCCUACCAGGCUCUGCAGUAAUUGCUGGCCUGCAGGGUUUGUCUGCUCAACCAGGAGGAAGCCCCAGCACUCCAUUUGCCGGCAUCUCCCCUUUCCCCUCAAUGUCCACAGCCUCACCUCUCCCCGGAGCCCAGUCCUCAAUGCACUCGUCCAAUUCCGUCGUUCCACCAACGGCCUCCACUGUAUACUCCGGUCUGGACCAUGCGGGAGCUUCAGCUGCCUUCGGCCUCGGACUGACCACAGCCCAAUCGAUGUUCCCAGGACUUGCCCCAGGUGCCAACCCUGCCUUCCCUGGGUUUGGGGGUUCAGGUGCCCCUGCAGCAGGUAGUCCUGUGCUCUCUUCCUUCAUGGGGCUCCCAGGGGCAUCGUCCUCAGUGGCCACAGUGGCCCCUCUUCAGGCAGCAGCAGUGGCAGCGGCGGCAGCAGCAGGAGUGCCCUCCAAUUCCCCUGUGCUUCCAGGCUUUGCCUCGGCGUUCAGCUCCAACUUUAACCCUGCACUGGUGGGCCAGCCUAGUGCUCUCCAGGCCCCAGGAGGAGCUGCGUUCCCUGGACUGCUGUCGUUUCCUGGCGGAAUGCCUGGCUUUUCCUCCAGCGCUGCUCCUGCUGCCCUUUCAGGCCUCCACAACCCCGCUGUUCAGUCUGCACUGCUACAGGCUCAUUCUGCAUCAGCAUUAGAUGGCUUCCAUCCUCAGCCCAAUGGCUUCAGCAGCUACCCUGCUGCUGCAGGGACCCCCUUUCCUUCUGCGGCUGCAGGAACCCCCUUCCCUCUGCAGCCAGGUCUGCAUCCCCAGCUAGGCUGGCAGUGAUCCUCGCUCUGAGGAAGGACUUCUGGAACACAGUACCUCAAAUGGGCGACUGAGAGUGGUUUGAGUGGUUUCGGAGAGAGAGUGUGUGAGAGAAAUAAAAAUAAGGGUAAAUAAUAACUGUUAUUAAUGAUUAAAGAAGCCCUGUAUUGAGACAGUGAGAGGCUGUUAAUAAUAAACAGCAAAAAACACUCCACUAUACAAAAGAAUGAGCGUGAGAGAGGGGAGAGCGGUGGUCUGUAGCUCUUCUGAGCAGCAGCAUUACUGCUGGAUAUGCAGUUUUCUUUGUUUUAAAGUUUGACACAUGAUUUGGUAGAGCAAUGAUGGUUGGAAUAGGCAUCAUAAUUUCUGAAACAAAUUAAAAUAAUACUACAUUAUUCUGUAGUAUUGUGUUUUUACUAGUUUUUUAGUUUUUGUUUGUUUGUUUUGAGAGGCUUUACCAUCAGUUAGUGUAAUGGUUUUGAUGGUUUUACCGAAAAAGUAAUUAAAUCAUGAUGGAAUGGAUGUAUGGCAUUGGAAAAACUGUGAAGAUUUUACUUUUAACACUCCUUUCAUGAAAUUCUCGGAAUUUCUCAAGAGCCAGCUAAUGGAAAUAUACUGUAUGUGAAUACCCUUGUAUACCCUGGGUAAAGCAGCUGUUAAAUGUGUGUGUGUGAUGUGUGUGGUAGGUUAUUAUUAAUAUUAUUAUUUUUUAACCUGUUUUUUUUUUUUUAUACAAGCCGGUGUCUGUAUAGAAGAAUUUGGAUGAACAGGAUACCAUUGUGGUUUACUCAUGGUGGGUCUAUAUAUCUGUUUCUAGAUGAAGUUUAUGACUCACAUACUGUACUAGAAACAACAGUAGGUGUAGGCUAGUUUAAGUAUCAUGAAAUAAAUCUUUUUUUUUCUACUUGCCUGCUCUUUAGUUUAAUCUUUUUUUCUGCCUGUCAAACUAUUUACCUCUCCAGGCAGAGUUUUUUUAUUAUAUUGUAAUGCUUGAAAAAAACUACAGUCAACUACAGAAUUAUUGGCAUUUCUUUUUGCAGUCAUUUCUUGCUGUAUUUUUAUGUUCAUCUUGAUGAAAACUCCAUCCACAGCCAAGUUCCAGCCAGUUCUGGGAGUGGCAGACAUGCUUUGGGCUUUAAUAUAGAUCUCUGGACCAGUAAAACUGAGAAAAAAGAAGGGUAAAUAAUUGUUAUUAAUGAUUAAAUGAGACCUGUGUUAAUAAGAAAUAGAGCAAAACACUCCACUUGGGUAAAGUACUAUACAAAACAAUGCGAGCGAGAGAGGGCAAGCAGUAGGGAUGCAACAGUUAGUCGAUAUUAAUUGACAAUGUUGAUAUUAAAAAUGUGUCGUCUCUAAAUGUUCAUUGUCGACUAAUCAAUUUGUAGCACUAAACAAAGUACUGUGGACAGAAACACAAUACUCAACUCUGCCCGUGGCUCCAAAAGGGCCCAACCACAACAGAUUACACAUUUCCUGACUAAAUAGAAGCACCUUCCACAUUUUAAGAACAAAGCUCUAGACAUUUGAAGGGCAUUUAAAUCCCACAUUGAACUGUUUUUAUCAUUGUGAAGCAAUGGAGAAAGCUAGAAACAGAGAUGGGUAUGACAAAUAAUUGUCAGAUUAGUCGACUACCAUAAUAAUUAUUGGUUGCUAUCCUAGGGAGCAGUAGUCUGUAGCUCUUCCGAGCAGAACUUCUGCUUAGUUUGCAUUUGUUAAUUUAGGUAGUCAUUACUUCAUGUAUGUUCAUGUAUCUCAAGUAUUUAAAUACUUUGUCAUUAAAAACGGCAAAAGCCCCAUUAGAAACCUCAUUUAUUUAGUACCAGUACUUUAACCCAACUGGCACCAGGCGCCAGGUGACCCAAAAAUCACAUCUUGUAGUCUUCUCAGCUUAAUAACUCAAGAAUGCCUUAACAUAUUAGCAUAAACCUAAAAGAAUCAGUGGUCCGCCACCAUGUUUAACAGUAGGUAAACAGUGCUUCUACGGAUUUAUACAGUAUAUUUGAGUGUCUGACAAAAAAAAGUUCCAUUUUUGUUUCAAAUGACCACAUUACAAGGUUUGGGUGCUGUAUGGCUUUGUGGUUUACUCUUUUCAUAGAGCGUCUCCAGAAAGGUUCCUUCUUGGAGGGAAGUUGACACCUUAACACCACUUACCUUGUCUUGCUUACCAUUUUUUCGAUCUGUAUGUAAGGAUAUUAUUCUUAUUUAUCGCAAUAGCUGAGCUAUUGUCACAACUGUUGACGAUUUUUUUUGCAGCUGUUUCAUGCUUUUCAGGCUUUUUAUGGUUUAUGUUUUUGUUAUUGCCUGCUCUAAUAUAGAUGAGUUAUAGUACAGUUUUUUUUAAUACAGGUACAGCAUCUCUUGGACCACAGUUGUAACUCCCUCACUCAUGUUUACAGUUAAGUUAAAAGAAGAGGGAGCUAAUUGUGCCCUAAUAUUUUUUUAUUUUUGUGAUGCUCUGCAUCAGUGACACAUUGUGUUACUGUAUGUUUAUGUUUUAUGAGAUUGUUUUUAUCCGUUUUCCUAAAAUUUGCCAAUAAUUCUGGAGUUGACUGUACAAUGAGCUCUUCUAUUUUAGCACUGUAUAGUAUAUCUUCACUGCAUGAAAUUCAUGAAAAUCGGAUUAACUUGGGCAUCAAGGACAUGAGGUUACAUUUUGAAACGUCUACAAUUAAAAGAAAAAAAAUCUACAA